AUGUCGAGUCGAGAUCGGGCAACUCAAGCUUCAGCUGAUUAUGCACCUACCUUGGGGUCGGAUGAGGAUACGCAAGGAAAAUUAGCCGACAAAGACCAAUCGGAAGAGCCUUUCAGAACGAUGCAAGAACCGGCGCUCUGUCAUCUUCAAGUCAACCAGUUUGUUACUGAGCCCACGCUUAGUCUCGAAGGUUUUAAAGCUGCACAGUCGUCUUUAGUGUCCCUCAUAAACUCGACGGGUUUCGGGUUGGCAGCAUUGGAUGGCUCCGAGUACAUUGUUCAAACGAUUGAAGAUAACGAAAUCCAGAAUAUGGUCAAUCAAGAGCUCGUCGGUAUUCCAGCGACAGCUUGCGAUAGCAUAUACGCAGGUGCACAUACGAUUUAUCACCCCUUCCUUGGCCUGGUAGCGCCCGGCUCAACGUCCUCUUUUGGGUUCAAUCAUCACCCUACUAUGCUUUGUAAGCUAUCCAACCGCACAAACCGCCGUGUCUUGUUGCAUCACUUCUACCACGUCGUAUCCCAUCUUACCGUCUUCCAUGAGGACUACGACAACCCCUUUCAGCAACUUAUUUUACCUCUAUGUCAAGAAAGCCAAGCUGUUACCCAUGCUGUCUACGCUCUAGCAAGCGCUCACCUAGAGUGUCGUGGGGUGUCUGGUCAUGAAAGAAGCACGUAUUUCCACAACCAGGCCAUACAAGGUCUGGCACGCUUAAUUCAAACAGGAGGAGGGAUAAACAGCAAUGAGCUACUGGCAGUGAUCAUGCUUCUUGUUUACUAUGAAGUGCUGGUUCACAAGAAUUGUUCCAAUGUUGUAAUCAGUCACCUCAAAGGGGCUAUGACGAUUAUCAACAAUGGCAAGACUAUAACCGACCCUACCAGUGCCUUUCUAGAUCGUGCAUUCCUUUUCUAUGAUGUCAUCACGGCAUUAUCUUUUGGGACUGCUCCACUCUCAAGUGCCCCGAAAAUGAGUUACCAUCAACCAUUAUCUCACCUGAAUUCAGGUGAUGAGACUCCUCCCCGUAACACGAUCGAUAACGUUCUCGGUAUGGCGACCUCUCUUUGGCCAAUUAUUCAUCGCCUGUCGAGCCUUGUGACUUUGAAGGAAGAACUCAACGUUGCUAUGGCAAACAACGAGAUUUCCAAAGCCACUGUCUUGCGUACUGAGCUGGAAGUCUCGGCGUCAGCCGUCCAAAAUGCCUUGGAAGAAUGGCACACCAUUCUUCCUGAUGACUUUAUUCCAUGCCACUGCUCUGAAGAAAUAAACUCUGAACAAUCUCAGGAGAGAAGUCGACUUGAGAGUAUUCUCAAUAACGCGUUAGCUUAUCGUCACUCUGCCCUGAUCUACCUCUAUCGCACCAUCUACGGAUAUCCUCGUACGCACCCGCUGGUACAACAUCACUUGCACAUUAGCCUCACACAUUGUGCUAGUGUUAGCGACAUUGGUCCCACGAACGCCCUUCUUUGGCCACUUUUUGUUGCGGCAUGUGAGGCUAUUUCGUCUACUGAUCGUGAGCUCGCUCAACGAGCAUUCAUCUCCAUCAGCCGUCGUCAAGGCAUGAUUAAUAUUAAUCAUGCAUGGAUUAUUGUGCAAGAGGUGUGGCGACGUAUUGGCAAGGCGGAGAUGUUACAGCAACAAGACGAGACAAUGAUGAUGGGUUUCGGAAACGAAGAACUUUGGAGAACAGUGAGUGCAGAUAUGGGAAUAGUUGUUGUCUUUGGAUAA